CAGAUAGAACCUUAGUAAACUGUUGGCCCAGCACCUGGUAAAACUAUUGUUAAUCAUGUGUAGUAAAGAGACCUCAGGGCUAGCAUGAGUCAUUCAUAGAGCCAGUUGGGGCUAGAAAAGGAGAGUGAGAGAAAGAGGAGGGUGUGUGACAUCAAAGGAGUAGAAGCAGGAUGGCUUGGCAGGACAAAGCUAGGGUAUGAGCAUCAUGUAUGUGAGUUAUCUUUUGGAAAAAGAAGGCAGCAUGUAUCCAGGAUCCGUAAGGUGCAACAGCAGCAGCAGCAGCAGCAACAACAACAACAACAACCUGCCGGCACAAAACUUUGCCUCCACAACACCCUACGCAGAUUACAUGGGAUACCAUCCAAUGCAAAAUAUGGACCACCGUGGACAACCUUCAGGGGCUUGGGGAGUACAUUAUGGCCUGCAAAGGGAAGACUGGAAUGCUUAUGGCCCAGCACCUUCCAACACUGUGACCGCUACGCAAAUGAAUGGAUCAUCUCCCGGGCAGGUUUCCUAUAGUUCUGCUGAUUACAACUCCUUGAAUCCCGCUGGAUCGGGGGCUUUACCUCCUGUAAAUACAAUCAAUACAGAGCAAAUCUCUCCCCACAGUCAAAGACACAGCUCUUACGAAUGGAUGAGGAAAACAGUCCAAUCCACUUCAACAGAACAAUUCAAAUCCAGAGCUGCAACAUGGAAACAGGAGAGUCAAGGUAAAACAAGAACAAGAGAGAAGUACCGUGUUGUUUACACAGAUCAUCAGCGAUUAGAACUAGAGAAGGAAUUUCAUUACAAUAGAUAUAUUACAAUCAGGAGAAAGUCUGAACUUGCUGCAAACCUGAGGCUUUCAGAGAGACAGGUAAAAAUUUGGUUCCAGAACCGAAGAGCCAAAGAAAGAAAAUUAAUGAAGAAGAAAAUGACAAGUUUUGAUGUCAGCAGCCUCAGUUCCAUCCAGAGUGACUCAGGUUCAAUGAGUCCCAUCCCAAUGCCUGACCCACAGACUCAUUCAGAAAUGGCUGGUACUUUAUUCCCACCACCUCCACCACCUGCUCCUCUUCCAAUGAAUGGCUUACAGCACAAUGGAAAUCUCCAGCAAGUUGUGGCAUCUCAGUAAGGUCAUUGCAUUAAAGGAAGAACAUGAUAAAGCAUGGGUACAUGGAGCACUACAGUUCACAACGGGAACACCAAAGCUGUUUGCAAGAGACCCAGCUCCCCAGCCCCAGCAUCACAACAGCCAUUUGUAAAAUACUGAGAACUUCACAUCAAAACAAGGCCUGGGAGAAAACAGCAAAACAUCCUUUGGCAAGGUCACUUGUGAUAUGUCAAAAGCUCAAGUUGGGAACCUUGUGUUCUUGACUGCAAAGGCGGUCUGGAAAUAGAGGCAGAGAGAAAGGGGGUUAUGGCUGGAAAAACCUUUUUGGAAUAAAUGCCCCAAGUCUGCAGCCCCAUACUUUGCUUGAUUUGAGACUGAAGAAUUUUUACACGGAGCAAUUCCAGUAAUUUGUUCUUUCUAGAAUGUUUUUAUUCUGUUCUCUUAGCAGGGUGGAGCUAAUGACAAUUACAAGAAAACUAAGGGUUACACUGAGUCAGUGUAGCUCGUUGUCAGGACUGGGCAUAUGCUGUGUUUCUGCAGAAGUACA